CGAGGAAGGCUGGGUCGGGGGGUGCGGGCCCUGGGAGCACUGGGGGAACGGGGAGCGCGGAGUACCAGCAGGCGGACCACAGCUCCCAGCGUGCCCCGCGCGCCGCGCACAGCACUUUCCGCCCUGCCUCGGCUGCGCUCGCUGAUUGGCUGCUCUGUUGCGGUCCUUCCUCCGGCUGCGGCGAUUGGCGGCGGCUGCAGCGGCGCGACCAAUGGGGCGAAGGGGGCGGGGCCAGCUCGGCCUGGUGGCGGGAAGUACGGAGCUGGGGCUGAUUUGGCGCGAGAAGCCGUAGCCCCCGCCAUGGCCAGCAGCAGCCAGCAGAGCCAGCCCACCAUCGGCUUUCCCCGCACAAGGAGCGCCCGACGCCUCGCUACCCCCUCGGCCAAGAGCGACCCCGAAGCCCCUGCUCUGCGCCCCUCGCCGCGUUCCAAGGCCUCGGGCUCCAGCCCGGCCACCCCGGACACACGCUCAGGCCGGGCCACAGCGCAGCCCCUGACACCCAAAGCGCAGCCCCUGAGCCCCCGCAAACGCCUGGGUGAUGACAACCUGUGCAACGUCCCCCAUGCCUUACCUUGCUCCCCGGCCAAACGCAGCAAGGAGAACCGGGGCCGUCGCCUGCUUUUUGGGGACCCCUCAGCCUCCCCCGAGCAGCCCAAAGGCUCAGGGCCAUCCCCACGGAGCGGGGGGCCAGGGACCCCCCGGAGCUCAGGGCUCAGCGGGCAGCACCCACGCACUCAGCUCUUCAGGCAGGAAGGUACCUGUUACCAGCAGGCCAAGCAGGUGCUGCACGCGGCCGUGCCCGAGCGGCUGCAGGGCAGGGAGCGGGAGACGGGGAUGCUGCGGCAGUUCCUGCUGGAACACGUCCUGGGGCGCCGGCCUGGCAGCCUCUACGUGUCCGGAGCCCCUGGGACUGGGAAAACAGCCUGUCUGAGCCGUGUCCUGCUCGACUGCAAGGACAAGCUGGCUGGCAGCAGGACUGUGGUGCUGAACUGCAUGGCACUGGGCAGCCCCCACAGCGUCUUCCCUGCCCUGGCACAGCAGCUGGGGCUGCCUGUGGCCACUGGACGGGAGCGUAUCAGGAGCCUGGAGAAGCAUCUGACGGCCAAGGGACCCAUGGUCCUCCUGGUGCUGGAUGAGCUGGACCAGCUGGAGAGCAAAGGCCAGGACGUGCUCUACACCCUCUUUGAGUGGUCCCAGCUGCCCAGCUCCAGGCUCGUCCUCGUGGGGCUGGCCAAUGCCCUGGACCUGACAGACAGGAGCCUGGCCAGGCUGGGAGCCCACCUGGCUGGCAAGCCCCGGCUGCUGCACUUCCCACCCUACACCAAGGAGCAGCUCACCCUCAUCCUGCAGGAGAGGCUGGGACAGGUGGCAGGUGACCCCAUCCUGGACUCUGCUGCACUCCAGUUCUGUGCCCGCAAGGUCUCUGCAGUCUCCGGUGAUGCCCGCAAGGCCCUGGAUGUCUGCAGGCGUGCUGUGGAGGUGGUGGAGCUGGAGGUGCGAGGCCAGACCCUGCUCAAGCCACUGCCCAGGGGUGACUCCCCGGUGUCCCCUGUCCCCAAGCGUGUGGGGCUCCUGCACAUCUCCCGGGUGCUCUCGGAGGUGUUUGGGGACCGGCUGGCAGGGGGGUCCCGGGGUGCCCAGGACACCUUCCCCCUGCAGCAGAAGGUGCUGCUCUGCUCCCUGCUCCUGCUUGCCCGGCACUCACACGCCCGCGAGGUGACCCUGGGGAAGCUCCAUGACACCUACAGCCAGGUGUGCCGGCGGCAGCAGCUCCCCGCUGUCGACCAGGCCGAGUGUCUGUCCCUUGUCACCCUCCUGGAGUCCCGCGGUGUCCUCGAGCUCAAGAAGGCCAAGGAGGCCCGGCUGGCCAAGGUUUCCCUGAUGCUGGAGGAGGCAGCCCUAGAGCACAGGCUGCAGGACACGGCGCUGGUGGGCAGCAUCCUCACCCAGGGGCUGCACUAACCCCCCCCUGCCUCCCAGCAACUCCUUCCCCGUGGCCCCAAGGGGGAUUUUGCUGCUGUGGCAAGUGGCUCCCAAGGUCUUGGACAUUUGUCAAGUUCUGCCCUGGGGCUGUCAGUCUGGGGUAUUUUUAUUAAUAUUUUAAUGUAAUAAUAUUAUUAAUGAUAUAUUGUAAUUGCUGCAUGAUGGGAGCUUAGGUGGGAGGCUGGGACACCCCCCAGCCCCUCUGUGGCACCCCCAGCCCCUUUGCAGGGAGUGGGGUGCUCCUGGUCCCCCUUGCCACCCUGGUGUGUGAUCCUGAGGUCUGGUGUUGCUCCUGCCAUGAAUCCCAGACCACGUUUGCUCCCAACUCUUUCAGAGCCUUCUGGGGCUCUCUGGAACCUUCUUGACCGCUCUGGCUGCAGGGAGAAUCUUCCCAGUGCCAGCCCCGCUCUGGGACCCAGUGCUGGCAGUGGCACAGGAGGGGCAGGGACCCCUGGGGUGAGAGAACAGGGGAGAUUCUUUUACCUCUUGCCGUGAAAUAAAGUCAUUUCAGUUCA